UUGGAACCGAUGUAGAAGUCGAGCAAAACAAUAGAAAAUAAUGAAGAAAAUUGAAUUUUUAUUAAUUAUAGUGAUUUCACUUAAUUUAACUAAUGCCAAAUAUCAUAACAAUGUUUUUAGUGAAGAGUUGGUCAUAAAGGAACUUAAUAAUAACUUUGUAAAUACGUAUUUCCAAUUUACAACGCAAUGGAACUUUAAAACUAAUGAAAAUGAUCUCCUACACACGGAUUUGUUGUCAAGAUCAAUAUCCGAGUUGUUCCUACAUUAUGAUAUAAUUGAGCUACAUGUAACGCUGUCUAAUGGCUUAUGGAAACAUGAAUUCUGGGGCUUUCCUGUUGAUUCGUCUGGAUCUGGCGCAGAACUUUAUGUCUGGUUCAAAAAUCAUUUAUCACAAGAGGAAAUUAAAAGACAAUGGAUAGAAUUGAGUGAAGCAUUAUCUGGAUUAUUAUGUGCAUCAUUUAGUUUCGUUGAGGAAACAAAUACAAUUAGUCCACAUUAUUCAUAUCGUCCAACAUCAUCUUGGAAUGUACCAUUAAAUUCAUCCUUUAUUCGCUAUGCUGCACUUCCUCGUGAAGUUGUUUGUACUGAGAAUUUAACGCCUUGGAAGAAGCUAUUGCCUUGUGAUCCACAAGAAGGUUUCAUGUCGCUUCUCAAUGCACAAUAUAUCUACAGCACAAAUUUUCAUUCGUUAGGUAUACAUGUCAGGCAAUUAUGUAUAGAUAAAACAUGUUCAAAUGCCAUUCUUGAGUCUAAACAAACUGUUAAUUUAGUUCAUGAUCUCAAAUUAUUUGGUGGAAGUGAAUGGUCAAUACGUAAGCUUUUUGGACAGGGAUUGAACGGUGCAUGUUCAGUAUCAAGUUCUAGUAAAAUUUAUCUAGACAUUACUGAUAAAGAUUUUGAGAUAUCACCAAAGCCACUCAACAUAAUUACAUCAAAGAAAGGUGGAAGUGAAACUACAUAUGGAGAAUAUGAUGUGAAAAAAUGGACUGGAACUGGCAUUAAUAAAAUGAUCAAUAUUGCUAUAGUUAAUAAGAAGCACAAGACAAUACCAAUUACAAAUCCUCCGCCCUUAUUCGCUAAGAGAUUUUUACAAGGAACUGGAAAAGAGAGAGGAAAGAUUGUGAAUCAAAUUACAAAUUCACAUUGGUCUAAUUUAAAUUUAGUAGUUAUGGAGAACUUUCCUUGGUUCGUGCCUAUUUAUUUGCAUACAUUAAAGUUACGUGUUGGAAAUAAGGAAAUUAAAGCAACAGCUAUUAAAUACAUUCCUGGAGAACAACGAAAGAGAGCAUAUCAUCUAGAAGUUGCAUUUUCUAUCCCUGCAAAAACUACCGUUGAAAUGUCAAUAGAAUUUGAUUACAUCUUUUUGAGGUGGCAAGAAUAUCCACCUGAUGCAAAUCAUGGUCAAUACAUUCCAUCUUCUGUAAUUUCAACUAUGCUGCCUAUUGCUCUUAACUAUACAAGUUUGCCAAUUGAAGCUAGUCUUUAUGUUGAAAGUUUUAAUGCAACACGAUCUUCAUACUUUUUGAGAAUUCACACAGAAGCACUUUUGAUUAAUUUACCAACACCUGAUUUUUCGAUGCCAUAUAAUGUAAUUUGUCUAGCUUGUACUGUUGUUGCACUAGCUUUUGGUCCGUUGCACAACAUGACAACGAAACGAUUAGUACUUCAAAAGAAAGAGGAAGCAAAGAAGACAUUCUUAGGAAAACUUAAAGAUAAAUUGUUUAAAAAGAAGGAAAAGCCAGAAUAAAUAUUUUUUUGUUACUUCACAGUAAUUCCAAAUAAUUCAAAAAUACAAGUUUAUUUCAAUAGCUAUUAGUAUGUCCAUACUUUUAAAACCUUAUCUUUUCCACCACUUGCAACUUUUGAUCCAUCAACAGCCCAAUCAACAGCAAAAACUUCAUCAGCAUGUCCUGGAAGUUCUUGUGCCAAUUUCUUUGUCUUUAAACUCCAAACUUUUAAUGUUGAAUCUUUACUACUGCUCACUAGUAAUCUUGAAUCUGCUGACCAUGCAACACAAUAAACAGCUUGAACAUGUCCACGGAGUACUGUAAUAAAUCCACCGUCAGUUGCUCUCCAUAGUCUCACAGACUUAUCGAAUG